GAUGGGUGUGGACAAAGACGUUUCCCAUUCAUCUGAAUGUGCGUCCACAGGAGAACCGAACCUUCUCCAACUGAGACUUGAAGACAAUCAUCAUGGACCCGUCCAACCAGAAGCACUUCACUGUUGUAGACUAUGUUAUAUUUGCAGUCUUGCUCGCCGCCUCUAUGGGCAUCGGGCUGUAUCACGCUCUCUCAGGUGGGCGUCAGCGCACCACUCAGGAGUUCUUGAUGGCGGACAGGAGCAUGAGCUGUCUUCCUGUCUCACUGUCACUCAUCGCCUCAUUCCAGUCCGCUGUGGCGAUUAUAGGCGUACCGGCGGAAAUCUACACCCACGGUACUCAGUACUGGUUCAUGGGCUGUGCCUACGUCCUGGGCCUCCUCAUUCCUGCUCAUGUUUUCAUUCCUGUGUUGUACAGACUGCGACUCUCCAGCGCUUAUCAGUAUCUUGAGCUGCGCUUCAGCAAAGCAGUACGCAUCUGUGGAACUUUGACCUUCAUCUUUCAGACAGUUGUCUAUAUGGGAGUGUGUGUGUAUACUCCUGCCUUUGCACUUAAUGCAGUUACUGGAUUUGAAUUGUGGGGAACAGUGCUGGCCACUGGACUAGUGUGCACUUUGUACACAACAAUAGGUGGUUUGAAGGCGGUGAUCUGGACAGACGUCUUUCAGACUGUUGUGAUGUUUGCGGGGCAGCUGGCUGUCAUCGUGGUGGGGGUGCUGCAGGCUGGAGGAGUGUCUGAAGUCUGGAGGAGAGUUCAUGAAGGAAACCGCAUCUCUGCCCUCGACCUGAACCCGGAUCCUACAGAGAGACACACCUUCUGGACUCUGGGGGUCGGCGGGGUCUUUCUCAUGCUGUCCCUGUACGGAGUGAACCAGGCUCAGGUCCAGAGAUAUCUCAGUGCGCGCACAGAAAAAGAGGCUGUCAGGUCUUGCUACAUGGUGUUUCCCUCCCUGCAGCUGGCUCUGGCUCUGAGCUGUGUGAUGGGACUGGUCAUGUUUGCACGUUACUGUGGUGAGGAUCACUCUGACAAGCUGAGCACCACUUCAAGAGAUGCGAUGGUGAUCUAUUUUGUGAUGGAUAUGCUGCAAGGUCUCCCUGGACUACCUGGACUGUUUGUUGCGUGUUUAUUCAGUGCAGCUCUCAGCACCAUCUCUUCUGCUUUUAACUCUUUGGCCACUGUGACAAUGGAAGAUCUCAUCAAACCGCAUUUCCCCGCCAUGUCGGAGGCAAAAGCGACCCUGCUGUCCAAAGCUUUAGCUAUGUCCUACGGGCUGCUGUGUCUGGUCAUGGCCUUUCUCACUCACCUGAUGGGUGAUUCAGUUCUACAGGUGGCUUUGAAAAUCUUCGGGAUGGUUGGCGGUCCUAUUCUUGGUGUGUUUUGUCUCGGGAUGUUUUUCCCGUGGGCAAACUCCACUGGGGCGGUGACAGGUCUGGGAGCUGGUCUUGCUAUGGCUUUCUGGGUCGGCAUCGGAAGCAUCGUCACUCGCAGCUCCGGCACGAGACCGCUGCCGCCCGAAUGCAGAGCCGUCCUGCUGUCUGACAACACGACUGCUGCCAUUCACACUGCACUCAGCAACGUCACUCUGAGCCGACCCUCUGGACUGAGGAGAUUUUAUUCUCUGUCCUACAUGUGGUACAGCGCAUUCAGCUGCGUCACAGUCAUUGUCACAGGCCUCAUCAUCAGCUUCCUCACAGGCCCUAUGAAAGAAGAGGAUGUUACACCAGGAACAAUCUAUCCCUUGUUACGGAAACUGCUUUGUUUUCUACCUGAACGCCUCAAAAAAAAGCUCUGCUGUGUGACUCCACUGGGACACACGCUGUCAGCACAACGAAGGCCUCCACAACACAAAGAAAGUAACGGACUGGCCUUCCCACAAGAGGACGGACCGUCACUUGAAGAGACGGACAGAUUUCUCCCUGAAGUUCACACACCUUUAGUGGAACAUGAAACAUCUGUGUAAUAUCACAGUUUCAUGUCUGACUGGAAAACGGUGAAGUCUUUGCACAAAGCGCUCGGACAAAAAAGUUUUUUUGUUAAUUUUGUUGCCUUUGCUUUAAGAUGGACGUAAUGUGAAUUUGCACUGUAAAAUGCUGCAGUGAGGUCAAAGCUAAACAAAGUUUAGUCAAUGUGAAUUUCAUUUUCUCUAGAAAAGACUCGAAAUAUAAUUUUGCAGACAAGUUUGAUUAACAUUCAGUAUUUGUCAACUUCUGGUGCUUGAUCAUUCAUUUACAUUUGGUCAGUCCCUUCAGUUUGUAUAUGUGAAAAAAUAAUGCAACAUACUGUUUAAUGAGACUUAUUUGAAGGCUUUUGAACUUAAGAGUAAAAACAUUGUUUUAUACCGGUUUUGAUUCUAUAUUUGACGAUUAUUUAGUACUUCUGCAGCUGUAUGAAAGGUUCUGGUGAGAUGAUGGUGCCUCACUUUUUAAGAAUGUAUGACUGACAAUUGUCUAUAUUGCAGCUGUGACACUAAACAAAUCGUUUUCUAAAAAAGAUUAAAGAUUUUGUAUUUAUCUUU